AUGCUUCACAAGACUUCAUGGGAUAGAAAUCAAUUGCGCACGCCAUUCACUCUCCGUAGGGACGACAGCUUCAGCUCGCUUGAAUCGCUUUCCAGCGAGAGGGGGUGGGUCACUAUUGUUCCCAGUAAAUUAAUAGUCCCGGAGUUGACAAACGAGCGGGUGUUUGGUUACGAUUCGAUGCAGCAAUCGUUCGUGGACAUUUAUUUGAAACAGUACAAUAUCCCAAGCGCGUUGGACCCACGUCAGGCACACGACCUGUACGAAAUCACCGAUCCUGCCGAGUACACCGGCUGGUUCGAGGCUCUGGUUUCGCACCUCAGGGAAACCGGGUACGAGCACCUUAUUCCUAACAGCGACGGAUCAUUCAAACACAACCUCGCCAUGGAAGAGAGUAUAGGGCUGCGUUCCCUGUUUUGGUAUUUUGUUAGACGCCGUGCGUAUCCGGACUGGGUGAUGAGGUGCGAGCGGAAUGGGUACCGUUCUCAUGAGCUUAUCUGUCGCUCUAUUGUACGUGUAGCGUACAAGGACGAAGAACGCGGGAACGGACUAUCUUUCUUCAGAAAUAGUGGCUUAUAUUACUAA